AAGUGUAAACAUCCUUUUCUACAAACUGACCUUUGAAAACAAAUUUCGUAUUGGGUAACCAAAAAAAACCAUAGAUAUAUAAAAAUCAUAUAUAUCUCACUAACCAAAUCCCUAUGAGACUCGUCCAUAAACAUCAAUCUCAACGAACCAUCUAUAGAAUUCUUUUUGACAAAAAUAAUUCAAAAUAAUGUACUCUUCAUCCUCUGUAUCACGCAUCAUUUUGAUUUAUGUCUCGGCCAUACAACUACUCCUUAUAAACGGCAAAUUGUCCUUAAACGUGACCAAUGAGUAUCUCAACCACACAUGCUUGGUUAGUCAAGGAAAAUACAAGUUGGGAAGUGAGUACGAUAAACUUUUUAAAAACAUCAUGAAAAUGUUCUAUAAAAACAGUAUCAGAGGUUACGACCUUUUUGGCGAUUCUACUUUUACCGCUAUCCUCCAGUGCCGCGGCGACUCCUACGGGCCCAAGUGCCGCGACUGUUUUGUCACCGCCCUCGCUGCGCUUCGUAGGAGAUGUCCAUGGUACAAAGGGAAGAUAAUAUGGUAUGACCAAUGUCUUCUUUCGAUGGAUUCCAAAUAUUCUGUUGGGCAGAUCGAUUACGACAAUAACUUUUGUAUGUCCAACGCGAAGAAGGUGGUAGAAGAUGGAGUCGCAUUUAUACAAGUUUGGAAUAUUCUCAUUGGCGAUCUGACGAAAUUAGCCACCACUGGAGAUAAUUACACACUGUACUCUGUGGGGGAGAAGCGGUACAAGGGUGAUAUGAUAUAUGGAAUGGUGCAGUGUGCGGUAGACUUAUCGCGAAAAGCUUGUCAGGAGUGUGUGUUGUAUAAUAGAUUUCAUUUUCAAGUUUGCGUGAAUGAUAUACGAGGAGCGAGAGUUGUAGGCAGGAGCUGCACUUUUAGGCUUGAGUUUUACCCUUUUAUUGCCAAGCAGGUCCGUAAUAUUUAAUAGAGCUAAAAGUAUUUAAUGUAAACUUUAUUCAAUCAUAAGGUUUCUUUUUCUUCUUGCUGGAUAAACUAACUUUUAUUAAAUAAAAAUUUACAAAGUUAUUACGGAAGCUACUGAUGAAUCAAAUUUUUACAUAUGCACAUAUAUAUGCCAUAUGCUCAAAGACAAUUUAAACAAAUUAGUAAAUUAUCAUGCUUUAUCUCAAAGCCUUACUUGCAAAAUUAUUACUAAUCCCCUAUGAUCCUUAUCCGAAACUGAUCUUUUUAUGCAAAUGUUGUGCUUGGUGUUCUUUUCCUCGUUGAGACUUCUAAUUGCACAUUGCAUUACAAAACCAUUGAUUCCAUCAAUACUUUUGAAAAGUAGACACGUUGAUAUCAAUCAAUCUGUAACAAUGUCUUUUUCGCAAAUAAUGAUUUUUGCUAAUUCGAUUAUUUGUUAUGUUCUAAAUAAUUUUAAUUAAUGAUUUUGCUUAUUUGUUACGUUUAAUGAAUAGUGAUAUAUAAUUAACAACAAAUUUUAUAUUUCAUAUUAACAACAUAAUAAUAUUGUAUCAACUAACCACGUUAAGAAAAGUCUAGCCGUUCAUGAAUGUUGCCAGGUUAUAUAACCAAUUAAUAUCUUUGCUCACACGAGUUUAAAACUUCUCCUUCGUCUAAAUUUUUUUUAUUUCUUGGUUAUAUGUAGGUUUUUUAUUUUCCAACUUGCUUUUUCCUUCUUUGUUUAUUAUUUUGUGCAGACCCAAAAGUUCCGAAUCAAAUGAUUAGGAACGAAUACAAUUUAGAAUGAUUAUUUAUGUUCCAUAAGCCAUAGCACGAAACAAGUCUUUAUUUCUGUUUGUUUGGUACUUGAAGGAAUCCUAAAUCCACUGUGGUUGUUUUUAAUAUUUGAUAUGAACCUUAAUUUAUGAUUUUAUCAUUUUCUAUGUAUUGCAGCCAUAGUCGUAUAUGUCACUUUAAUUUUGAUCCUGGAGCAUUGACAGACAGCUUCCUUUGAGUAAAAUAGCUUCUGUCUUGGCAAACGACACAUGAGAAUUUCAUGUUUCCUUGCACAGUCUUCCCUCACCAGCUACCUUGUUAAGCUAACAGUGGACGCCAUUGACUCCUCUGGAACCAAAGUUGUUCAAUCAGUAGCUGAAGAAACUGAAACUCCUAUGAGUUGUCAUGAUGUACCAGAAACACUGUUGAUGAAUGAUCCCUCACUGUUGUGUUGAAUGUGACACAAGCAGUUGUUCAUCUUCAUCAAGUGUUCAUGAUGCAUUCAUUCCAGCAGAAAAAACUUUCUGAGUUUGGUGGCAGGCUGGCAGCAAUAUAUGUUUCUUUUGCGGCUGGAAGCCAUGACACAGUAAUGGUGUUCUUUAUACCAAUGCAGUUCAAACCAGAAAAAAGAUAUUGUGGUUGGAAGAAGAGAAAUGAGUUUUUUCAAUCCUACAAAGAAUCGUUAAGAUUCAGAUUUGAAUAAUAAUUUCCUUAAAGCAAACUGAAGGUGUUAAAAUUAGUUUUAUUUUUCUUCUGUUGCAUGGCUGCAUUUUACUGAUUACCUUUUUAGGUUCAUGUAAGAGGACAUCAAGUCUGCAAACAAUACUAAUCCAUUUUUGGCAUGGUGCUGACAAAAAAAUAAAAGUCCAUUAUUUGGUUGGUAAUAUUACUCAAGAAAAUCACCUUGUGGCAAAGGAGUAAAAGUAGUGACCUACUCGCUUUCAAACGCGGUACAAUCACCAAAGCAUCGAAACAUUACUUAUCCUCGAUAGAAACAUAUAGUUGAAACUUGUGAGUUUCACUUUGUGAAUAGCAUGCUUCUUCUAGCUCAACUAUGAACAAUAACAACAACAAUAAAACUGAUACUCUUCUGGAUGAAGACAUUUUCAUGUCUCUUGCAUUUGAAUGAUGACCCACUGCAUUGGUAAAAAUAGUACAUGGAAAAAUUCAUAUGGUACAAUCGUCACAUCGGAAUGCAAUUAACAUUGAUGUUAUGAUGAGGAUGAGGUGUUGAGUUUGAUGAGGAUGCGAAGAUUCGAUUGGAAGAGGACUUAUGAAUUUGAGGAGGUACGAUCUCUACAGAGAUGUGUGAUCGUUUCACUGAGUUGGAUUUGGGAGAUACAAUUGGGUCUCUUAUUAAAUUCAUAACCUCCAUGGUUAUGAGUUUGUCAAAGAAGAAAGUAGGAGAUUUUUGAUCGGAUUCAAUUGGUUACUAUUAGAUUUGUGGACAAAAUCUACAGAUUCGGAGGGGGGAAAUAGAAGUAACAGAGGAUUCUAUGUUUGACCUUGGAACGUCCAGGAUAAUCAUCAUCUCCACUAAAGGUGUCUUUACCCCCUAUGGGUCCUCUGUAACAUUGAGGCCUCUGGAAAAGGUCGGAUUGUGUAAUAAAACACAAGCUCAUGGUCUAUACUCAUGGAAGUUCUUUCGGGUUAAGAAACUUUUUACUUGUCUCAGUCUAUUUCUAGUCCCAAGGGAGCAAUCGGUAACGUUAAUUUAUUAGAAUAAGGCUGUUAAGAAAACAAAGAAUGGCAUUAUUUCAUCAGACUGUAAGCUUGGCGAUGAGGAAAAAAAUGCUCAGGGCUUAAAUAAUCACUAGACUUUGACCCGCUUUUUCCAAUGGCGGAUAUAUUUUUUGUUUUAAUUUUUAUUAUUUCAAGAAAUUUAAUUAUUUUAAUUUUUAUUAUUUCUAGAAAUUUAAUUUUUAUAUAUGUAUUUAUUAUUACUUAAAUUUAAUAUAACUUUUGCAAACUAUAUCGAAUAUGUCAAAGCUGUAUUUCUGUACUUUUACCGAUUUGACAAAUCUCCACGGCACAUCUCAGCCGAACGCAUAAGAAGUUGCAGAUGUUGUUGUUAAUAAAAUAGGUUUCAUAAUUUGUACACUGUUUUUGUUCUUCAAGCACGAUCCUUUAAAAAAUGUGUAAAGUAAAACAUAAAUCUAACUGUUUUGUGCAACUGUAUAGCAUAAAGAAAAGUAAGUAUAAAUUAAAAAGUAACUGCCGAAUCUAGAGAAUGAUCGUAUCUUUUUUAUUAAAUAGAUUUAGAUACAAAUCUAAAUUACUGUCUUAAUAAUAUUGAUUAGGUUUGAUUUCUGAAAAAAAUUACUGUCCAUCAAAUUGUAAAGAAAAAAAAUAUUUUUAUAGCUAUUU